UCUCCAAAACAACAAUCCACAUCUGCCGCAAACACGAGUCAGGCUGCUGACUCUGCUGAAGGCGAGGGAGAAGCUAGGCUUCUCCACAAACUCGACCUAUUGACAAGCCUCGUGCAAGACAUGGUGCCCGUUGUCAAAACUUUACAAGAGUCUCACGAUGCCUGGCUAUUGCAAGAUGUGGAUGAUGUCGACGCUCCUUCGUUGGCUGAAAGCGAGAAUGAGGAAGGGCCUCCGCCAAAGCGACCCAGAAUCACGCCACAACCGGACGAACAACCCCGUUCCAAAACGACAGAUACUACUGGCAAAGUGGAUUCACUUGUCACCGAAGUGACCGAGGACGAAGUCACGGGGCCAGCGAUUUCGGAAAAAAUCGCAAACGUUCUUAACAACAUCCUCGCCAGUGGUCUUAACGAUCAAGCCACUAAGCGGCGAAAAGAGAACAUUCAUAGGCCCACAAACAGCACAUUACUUGCCCAAACUCGUGUCAAUUCCGAGAUUUGGGACAUCGCUAAAAAGCCAACACGAAGCAUGGAUGCUAGACUUCAAGCUUUGCAAGACACCCUGAUUAAAGGGCUUAUUCCUCUUGCAGACAUGACAGGAAAAGUGGGUGAAUCUUUGGAUUCAGGCGCUGCAAUGCCAACCAAAGAGACCCUAUGGGAAGCUCUAUCGAAUUCCCUUCUUCUUGUAGCGGCGGCUAACCAAGUAACAAAGCAGCCAAACAGCUUACAAGAUCCAACAAGCCAAGUUCUCAGAAGUAUAAAGGGCCAUCACGGUCUUUUUUGGGCCAAGGGGGGCGCAACCAGCGCCCCUUCAACCAGUACAGCAACCAUGGCAGAGGCUAUCAGAGGAGCAAUCACCCCUCAUACAGGAAGGAACCUCGCAAAACCGAGACGAAAACAAUGAAACAGACUGUGAAACAGUCAUGACUCAACCUCAGGUAAGCUCUGUACCCACCCUUAUUACUGGUGGAAGAAUUAAGAAUUUUCUGGCCAAGUGGCAAGAAAUUACCUCUGACAGAACUAUUCUGUCCAUCGUACAGGGCUACAAACUUGAGUUUUAUGACAUACAGCCUGUUCAACUAGGUAGAGUUAGACCUACCAUUCUGUAUACUGAGGCAGCAGUGGCCUUAGAUCAGCAGAUUCAAAAUUUUUUGUCUAGGGGUAUCAUUGUUGAGUCCCAACAUGAAUCCACCGAAUUCAUAUCCCCGUUUUUCUCGAGCUAAGAAAAAUGGGAGUUUCAGAAUGAUUCUGAAUUUGAAAGAAUUCAAUCGCUUUAUUGCUUACCAUCAUUUUAAGAUGGAUAAUAUUGAAACCUGUGUUCACUUGAUGAAACCUGGGUGUUUUAUGGCAUCUAUUGAUCUUUCAGAUGCUUAUUUUUCUGUACCUGUUGACCGGUCACAUCAAAAAUAUCUUAAGUUUUUAUGGAAAGGAAAGCUUUAUCAGUUUACUUGCCUUGCGCAGGGCCUUGCCUGUGCUCCCAGAGUGUUCACCAAAUUACUCAAACCUGUGUAUGCAUACCUCCGACUCAAAGGACAUGUUUCUAGUGGGUAUUUAGACGACUCCUUUUUAGAAGGAGACACUAGUGUGGCCUGCUCAUCCAAUGUCCAGGAUACCUUAACCCUUUUAGGGGACUUGGGUUUCUGCCCUAAUUUGGCUAAAUCAGUUGUCCAACCUACACAGAUCCUUGAACAUCUGGGUUUUAUUUUAAAUUCCUUAGACAUGUCUGUUAGCAUAACAGAUCACAAUUUUGGCAAGCUACUUGCCUCAGCACAUCAGGUAUUGCAAUCUACAUCUGUUCCUGUUAGACUGGUUGCUCGUUUAGUGGGCAUUAUGGUAUCUUUUUUCCCGGUGUAGAGUAUGCUAGACUUUUUUACAGACAACUUGAGAUUGAAAAAUCAACUGCUCUAAAAAAUUCCAACUGGAAUUUUGAAAGUCCUAUGAUGUUGUCUGAAACAGCAAAAAAUGACAUAGUCUGGUGGAUGAACCAUGCCAAAACAUGCAAAAGGAAGAUUAGUCAUGGGAAAAUCACAAGAGAACUCAAAACAGAUGCCUCUACCCAAGGGUGGGGAGCCUUUUCAGAUGGGAUUUCCACAGGUGGCAGGUGGUCCCCGGAAGAAGCUCAACUGCAUAUUAAUGCCCUAGAGCUCCUCGCUGUUUUUUGGGGCCUCAAGGCUUUAUGCCCUUCAGAACAUCACUGCCACAUUAAAGUUCUGUCUGAUAAUACCACCACUGUAUCAUAUCUGAGGAACAUGGGGGGAUCCCAUUCUACCCCUUGUAAUGAUAUCUCCAGAGACAUAUGGCUUUGGUGCAAGGACAGAGAUAUCUGGAUCACACCUGCACAUAUCCCUGGGGUCGAGAAUAUCGAAGCAGACUCUGCUUCCCGGGUUUUAAUGACAAAACAGAAUGGAAACUGGACCAACCAGUGGUGUCAGAAAUUUUUUCCUUAUUUGGCAAACCUGACCUUGAUUUAUUCGCAUCCAGACUUAACCAUCAACUGUCUCGUUAUGUUUCAUGGAUCCCUGAUCCUAAUGCUGUUGGAGUAGAUGCUUUUACAUUAGACUGGGGAACACAAUAUAACUAUGUUUUUCCUCCCUUCAGUUUAAUUUCACAAGUUCUACAAAAGGUGGAGGAGGAUCAAGCAGAAGCAAUCAUGAUAGCCCCUCAUUGGCCAACACAGUCCUGGUUUCCCAAAUUAACAAGACUUCUGGUGCAGACCCCAGUGCUACUCCCAAUCGUCCCAACAUCGUACACCUCCCCUUCAACCCAGGGAAAGAACACCCAUUGGGGGCAAAACUGCUGCUGAUGGCAUGUCACUUAUCAGGAAAGUCUCCAAAAUAAAGGCAUUUCAGCGAGGGCUCAAGAGCUCAUUCUGCAGUCCUGGAGGGAAGGAACCCAGAAACAGUACCGAACAUACUUACAGCGGUGGACCACAUUCAGCAGUGGACGGAAUACUGAUCCCAUUCAACCAGCUAUAUCAGAAGUCAUAGAUUUCUUAACUGAACUGUUUGAUAGUGGACUCGGCUACAGUAGCCUGAAUACUGCUCGUUGUGCUCUAUCAUCUGUUAUCCACCUAGAUGAUAACAAAACUGUGGGUUCUCACCCAUUAGUUAACCGUUUUUUUUGAGGCUGUAUUUAACAAUAGGCCUAGUAUACCUAGAUACCAGUCGGUCUGGGAUCCCACAAGCGUUUUGACAUACCUUCAAACAUUUCCACCGCUGGAAAGCAUAAGCCUUAAAGAGCUUACCCAUAAGCUAGUUAUGUUAAUAGCACUGGUUACAGGUCAGCGAUGUCAGUCUUUCCAUCUUAUGGAUAUUACUAGUAUGCAGAAAAAUACUGACCACUAUAAAUUUAUUAUUAAGGAUAUUGUUAAGCAGUCAGCUCCAGGCAGGAAUCUACCAGAGCUUAUCCUUCCUGCCUUCCCAGCAGAUGGCAGGGUUUGCGUUUACUCAGUUCUCUCAGAAUACAUUAAGUGUACUGCACCCCUUAGAGGUGGAGAAACCAGACUCUUUAUUAGUUUUGUUAAACCCUACCAGGCCGUGUCUAGGGACACUAUUUCACGUUGGAUCAAGAAUGUUAUGAUCAAGGCUGGUAUUGAUGUGGAAGUGUUCAAACCCCAUAGUACCAGAGCUGCUUCUACCAGCAAAGCAAAUGCAUGCCAGGUGCCUAUAGAUGUGAUUCUUAAGGCAGCGUCUUGGAAAGGAGAUUGCACUUUCCGUAAGUUUUACAACAAACCUAUU